GGCGGGCGCGGAGCCGGAGCCCGGAGCCCGGUGCCGGGGCCAUGCGGGGGGGGACGGGGACGGCGGCGGCGGCGCUGGCGCUGCUGCUGCUGGCGGCCGGGGGGGGGACGGGGGCGGCGGCGAGGGGCUGCCCGGUGCAGAGCUUGGGCUGCAAGUGCGCAGCGGAGCGGCACAAGGCGAGCGGCCCCCCCGCGCCCCGCCGCCGGGUGCUGUGCAGCGGAGGGGGGCUCCCGGCGCCGCCCGACCCCCGGCUGCUGCCCGACGGCACCGCCACGCUGCUCCUGAGCAACAACAAGAUCACGGUGCUGCAGAACGGCUCCUUCUUCGGGCUGCGGGCUCUGGAGAAGCUAGACCUGAAGAACAACCUGAUCAGCACGGUGCAGCCCGGCGCCUUCCUGGGCCUCCCCGAGCUCAAGCGCCUGGACCUCUCCAACAACCGCAUCGGCUGCCUGAGCGCCAGCGUCUUCCAGGGGCUCUCCAGCCUCCUCCGGCUCAACAUGUCGGGGAACAUCUUCUCCAGCCUCCCACCCGGUGUCUUCGACGAGCUCCCCUCGCUGAAAGUCGUGGAUUUUGCCACCGAGUACCUGACGUGCGACUGCAACCUGCGCUGGGUGCUGCCCUGGGCCCGCAACCGCUCGGCGCAGAUCUCGGACCGGACUCUGUGCGUCUACCCCCGGCACCUGCACGCGGUCCCCCUGCGCGGCGCGCGCGAGAGCCAACUGCGCUGCGCGGGCACCCCGGAGCUGCACACCCACCACCUCAUCCCGUCGCUGCGCCAGGUGGUUUUCCAGGGCGACCGGCUGCCCUUCCAGUGCACCGCCACCUACCUGGACAACAGCACCCAGAUCCGCUGGUACCACAACCGCGAGCCCGUGGAGGAGGACGAGCGCACGGGGGUCAUCGUGGAGGAGAGCCUCAUCCACGACUGCACCUUCAUCACCAGCGAGCUGAUCCUCUCCAACAUCCACGUCUCCGCCAACGGCGAGUGGGAGUGCGCCGUCUCCACCUCGCAGGGCAACGUCAGCAAGAAGGUGGAGAUCGUGGUGCUGGAGACCUCCGCAUCCUACUGCCCCGCCGAGCGGGUCACCAACAACCGCGGCGACUUCAGGUGGCCCCGCACCUUGGCGGGCAUCACCGCCUACCAGUCGUGCCUGCAGUACCCCUUCGCCUCGGGGCCGGCAAGCGGGGGCCCGGCGGCGGAGAAGCAGGCGUCGCGGCGCUGCGACCGCACCGGGCGCUGGGAGGAGGGCGACUACUCCCACUGCCUCUACACCAACGACAUCACCCGUGUGCUCUACACCUUCGUGCUGAUGCCCAUCAACGCCUCCAACGCCCUGACCCUGGCCCACCAGCUGCGCGUCUACACGGCCGAGGCUGCCAACUUCUCGGACAUGGUUGAUGUCCUCUACGUGGCCCAGAUGAUAGAGAAGUUUAUUGGCUACGUGGACCAGAUCAAGCAGCUCACGGACGUGAUCGUGGAGAUGGCCAGCAACAUCAUGCUGGUGGACGACCACAUCCUGUGGAUGUCGCAGAAGGAGGAGAAGGCCUGCACCAGCAUCGUGCGCUCCCUGGAGAAGAUCGCGGCGCACACCCUCAGCAGCAACUCCCAGCACAUGGCGGUGAACUCCCGCAACAUCGCCUUCGAGGCCUACGUGGUGAAGCCCGAGAGCUACGUGGGGCUGAGCUGCGUGGCUUUCCAGCGGCAGGACGGGGGUCCCGCUGGGCGCAGCCCCCCGGCCGAGCGGGCGGCCGAGCCCCAGCCCGACCAGCAGCUGCGGCUGCGCUGCACCACGGGGCGCCCCAACGUCUCCCUGACCAGCUUCCACAUCAAGAACAGCAUCGCCCUGGCCUCCAUCCAGCUGCCUCCCAGCCUCUUCGCCAGCCCCGUCCCUCCAGCCCCGCCGGCUGACUGCAAGCUGCAGUUGCUGGUCUUCCGCAACGGGAAGCUCUUCUGCAGCACCGGCAACUCCUCGCGCCUGGCGGAUGAUGGCAAGCGCCGCAGCGUGGCCACGCCGGUCAUCUACGCCGGGACGUACGGCUGCGGCGUCGGGAACCUGACGGAGCCGGUGGCCGUGUCGCUGCGGCACCCCGGGGAGGGCGCGGACCCCGUGGCCGCCUACUGGAACUUCGAGGUGCUGGGGGGCAUGGGGGGCUGGAGCGCCGAGGGCUGCCAGCUGGCCGCCAGGGAGCCCAACGUCACCUCCCUGCACUGCCGGCACCUCAGCAACGUGGCCGUGCUCAUGGAGCUGAGCGGUUUCCCCAGCGAGGCACGAGGCCCCGUGGAGGUGCUGCACCCGGCCAUGUACACCUGCACGGCCGUGCUGCUGCUCUGCCUCUUCACCACCAUCAUCACCUACAUCGUCAACCACGGCACCAUCCACAUCACGCGCAAGUGCUGGCACAUGCUGCUUAACCUCUGCUUCCACAUCGCCAUGACGUCCGCCGUGUUCGCAGGGGGCAUCACCCUCACCGGCUACCUGCUCGUCUGCCAGGCGGUCGGCAUCAUUUUGCACUACUCCUCCCUGUCCACGCUGCUGUGGAUGGCGGUGAAGGCUCGGGUCCUGUACAAGGAGGUGACCUGGAGGGCGCCCCGGCAGCCGGACGGGGACGCGGCGCAGCCGGCCCCUCGGCCCAUGCUCCGGUUCUACCUGAUCGCCGGUGGCAUCCCGCUCAUCAUCUGCGGCAUCACAGCCGCCGUCAACAUCCACAACUACCACGACAACAACCCCUACUGCUGGCUGGUGUGGCGGCCCAGCCUGGGCGCUUUCUACGUCCCCGUGGCCUUCAUUCUGCUCGUCACCUGGAUGUAUUUCCUCUGCGCCGGGCUCAACCUCCAGUGCCGGCCUUCCCCGCAGAAAGAAGUCCCCGAGGCGCUGGAGACGCCGCCGAGGCUGGGUGGUGGUGGCGGCGGUGGGGACCUGCUGACGGACUCGGGGUCCAUCUCGGUCACGCUGAAUUCGGGGCCCUCGUGCCCCGAGGCGGACGGCGUCUACUCCCUGAAGGUGCAGCUCUGGGCGCUGGUGACCACGCACGCCCUCUACGUGGCCCUCUGGACGUUCGGGGCCGUGGCCGUGUCCCAGCGCUGGUACCUCAACAUCAUCUUCAGCUGCCUCUACGGGGUGACGGCGGUGGCGCUGGGGCUCUUCAUCUUCAUCCACCACUGCGUGCGGCGCCGGGACGUGCUCAGCUCCUGGUUCUCCUGCUGCCCCUCGUACCGGGACGCGCUGCCCAUGCAGGCUUACGUCCACCCCGGCGCGGCGGCGACCUUGGGCGGCUCGCAGGUCUUCAUCGGCUGCGCCCCGGAGGCUGCCCGCUCCGCCGAGUCGUCCUCCUCGCCCAGCAGCGCCGGCUCGGCCGCGGGGCGCUGCAAGCUCACCAACCUGCACGUGGCACAGAGCCAGGCCGAGACCCGGCCGGGCUCCUGCGAGGAGCCGGAGCCUGAUGGCAAGAGCUGCGGGGCGGGCCGGCACGCCAGCAACCUCCACGGGCGCAGGAACCACAAGGGCAGGACUAAGCAGCACCGGGAAGGGAAGCACCACCGCUUGAAAAUGCUGCGGGGCCCGUCCUCGGAGCAGCCCUCCAGCGAGAGCGGCAGCGUGCACAACAGCCACUCGGAGAGCUACCACAGCAGCAGGAACAGCCCCCCGAAUAUCGGCCGCGUGCGGCCCCCGGCCCCCCAGGAAGGGGAGACGGCGCCGAGCCAGUCGGAAGGCAGCGACGGCGGGCGGCGGGCGCCCGAUUUCGCCGAGGCGCGGCGGAGGAGCGCCAGCAGGGACAACCUGCGGCAGGCCGGCGCCGUGGAGAAGGAGGCGAAGCGGCGCUCCUACCCCCUCAACGUGGCCAGCCACAACGGCGGCCUCAAGGGCAGCAAGUACGACGUCAACCUCGCCAGCGCCGACGGCGUGGCCGGGAUGAGGACCGGCCUCUGGAAGAGCGAAACCACGGUGUGAGGGAGGGGAAGGACCCGACGGCCGCGGCGCUGGAGCGCGGCCCUCCUCGGGUGGGCCCGGGGGUGUCCUCGGGGGGCCGGGAGCGUCGCUACGUGCACUACGGGGGGCCGGGGUGGGGGGCGAUGCCGGGCCCGGUGGUCCCAGGGAGGCCCCGGCCUCCCGCAGCACCGGGCUCGAGGGGAAAGGCGAGCGUUGCUCCUCAGCGGCCUGAAGGGCAGCCGCGCUUCCGUCGCUCCUGCAAGUCACUUCGGACUGAUCCUAAAUGCUAUUUUAUAAUAUACAGAGGAAAGAAAUGUCUAUUUUUCAGAAUUUCUAUAUUAUUGAAUGUAUAUAUGUAUAGACAGAGCCGUAACCGACGCGAGUGCCUCCGUGUUACCGACCAGUGUUCUCCACGGGGCGAGCGUGCCCUGGGGGUUUUGGCAAUAGUCCGCUCGUGCCACGACUGCAAUAUUCCCACCGGGGCCGAGGGGACCACACCAAGUGCCCUUGAUGUUAGGACGCCAUCCUGCAGGCGCUUGCCAACCUAGACCAGCUUUUUUUCUGAAGGAGUCAGAAAGAAGCAGCUCAGCUGGAAAUGUUUUCACCUGCAAUCCUUCUCAGCCGUGUGUUCUUCAGAGACAGUAUUUAGCCCUGUGGGUUACUCAGUUGCCAAAGUGAAAGCCAUAUUUCGAAGCAAGCACGAGGUAAGAGAAGCCUCCGUUGCCAGACGAGGCAAUGCCUGCACCGUUUGGAUGCCAGACAUUAAAAUCAUCACGAGGAGGUGCCCCCAGCCCCUCCCAGGUGUGACCUGUGCGUAUGGGGGCUGGUGGAGCAGCCCCACAGCCUGGCUUCUAAAUGAACAUGGAUCAUUCAUCGCUUCCCCAAACCAAAGAGCCCAGCCCUGGGCGCAGACCCGAGCAGAUCCGAGGUGGUGGCAGGGAGAUGUCCAUCAGGGAGAUGUUUUGGUGGUGGCAGGGAGCUUCCCAUGGGCCGCUGAUGUGGGCUGCCCAAAGGGCUGGGACUUGGCUAAGCACUUACUUUUCCCCAUUGAAAACAAGUCCCGCUUUUCCAACACGCAAACAGAAGAGCCACACUUGCUCCUGUGCCAUCUUCAGCCUCCCUGUGCCCGUUUCUGUGCGUGCAGGUGGGUUUAACGACCCUUCCCUACCUCCUGCAGGGUCACAGGGCUCAGUGGGGCUGAGAAGCGCUUAGGAGGCUCCCAGGCCAGUCCUCCGUGUACACCACGGGCAAGGGGCCCACGGGAUCCAGAAGUUGGAGCCCACAGCACUUACUGCCAGAAUUUUCUCCCCUCCAGAAUUAGCUCCUCUCUCUUUGGGCCCCUCGUCCCGCAGGGCUGGGUUACCGCUGGGUUUGCUGCGGUUCUGCCACGCUUCUCUGACCAAACUGCCUGCUUAAAAACACGUUUUAUUGUGCCUGGUAUUUAAUACAACUUCAAUCCUUAUGUCAAUACGCAGCCUACGUGGCCUUGCUGAUGCUGAGUUGUUAUAUAUGCUUGCUGCACUGUGACAGUAUUAUAUAAAAAGCUUUGUAUUAUUAAUUACACUUUUUUUUUUGUCUGUUUACAUUACAAGCAAAUGACAUAUCAA